AUGCGUUACGUCGCAGCUUACCUUCUCGCCGUCCUCGGCGGCAACGAGUCUCCCACGUCCAAGGACUUGAAAAAGAUCCUCGACAGCGUCGGCAUCGAGACGGACGAUGAGCGCGUGAACAAGGUUAUCAGUGAGCUGAAUGGGAAAAACAUCGAGGAUGUCAUUGCUCAGGGUAACGGGAAGCUGGCCAGCAUGCCGGCCGGGGGAGCGGUAGCAGUCUCUGCGGGAGGGGGCUCGGCUGCCCCCGCUGCGGCGGCUGCCCCUGCUGCUGCUGAGGAGAAGAAAGAAGAGAAGAAGGAGGAGUCUGAAGAAUCUGAUGAUGACAUGGGAUUCGGCCUAUUUGAUUAAUUAUUUGUUAUAGAAAAAAUAUUAAAAAGUCUUUGUUUUAAAUGUU